AUGACUUUCUCAUUGUUAUUGUGCGUGUGCUUUGCUACAUUCACAUCGAAAGCAUCCGCCAAUCUCCCUGUUGUGGACCUAGGGUACGCCGUCCACGAAGCCUUCUCGUCAGAUGAUGCAGGCGGCUACUACAACUUCACAAACAUCCGCUUCGGUGCGCCUCCUACCGGUAAUGCGCGGUUUCGCGCACCGAGAGUACCAUUUCAAGCCAACAGGCAGAUAACGAACGGAGGCUCCAACAACAUUGUCUGCCCCUCCGUCAUGCCCACUUGGAUGUACACAAUCAACCAGCAGCUUGGACUUCUCGAGACUGCUCUCCAGGAGCAGAACCAGACACUGUACAACGAUGUCCUCGAGGGUGUAGUUGUAAACGCUACGAUGCCAUCCAUCAGCACGUCGAGUGGACCAACGCCUGGGGAGAACGUCAGUGAGGAUUGCCUCUUUUUGGAUCUUGUGGUUCCUCAUAGCGUCUGGGAGAGUCGAAACAGCUGCAGCACGCAGAAGGCCCCCGUCAUUGUGUGGAUUUAUGGAGGUGGAUACGUCAACGGCAAUAAAAGGAAUGUGGGCAAUGACGACGUCAGCGCUGAUGUAGCUGGAGGUUUGGUGAGCCGAAGCAUCGAUGUUACGAACAGCACGAUCGAGCCGACCAUCGUAGUCCUGCCAAACUACAGACUCGGCCUCUUUGGAUGGCUUGCCGGAGAGCAGGUUGCAGCAGAUGGAACUCCCAAUGCCGCUCUGCUGGACCAGAGGCUGGCAUUGGAUUGGGUACAGAAGUACAUCCACCUCUUCGGCGGCGACCCAGACCGUGUGACGGUUAUGGGACAGAGCGCGGGUGGCGGAUCCAUCGAGCAUCACAUCACGUCGUAUGGAGAAGAAAGAAGCUGGCUUCCGUUCCAACGAGCGAUCCUGCAGUCGCCCAUCUUCUACCCUCAGCCUGCUAAUGAUAAAACGCCAAACGAUGUAUUUGAGGAAGUACUUACCCUGGCAAACGUUUCUUCGCUGCAUGAACUGCGGAACGCGACUACAGAUGUACUGCAGAGGGUCAACGAAGCCAUCAUCAACAACUCCAGCUACGGCUACUUCACCUUCGGACCCGUCGUCGACGGAGACUACGUGCCCGAUCUCCCAGGAAAGCUUUUAGCUGAAGGGAGAUACCACAAAAACAUCACCUGGAUGCUCGGACACAACCAAAACGAUCCCUUCGUGUUCGUCUCCCCAGCAAUAGCCAACACAUCGAGCGCAUUCACCGACUCAGUCAUCAAAGCAUACCCUGAAGCCAACGCAUCCACCGUCUCCUUCAUCACAGACACCCUGUUCCCGGAUGACUACACUGGCAGUGAAGGCUACAUCACCACCUUCGGCCGGCAGGAGCACUUCCUCAAUGCCUCGCAAAUAGUCUGCAACAAUCUCUUCCUCGCGCAGAGCGAGUCGCAUAGGACUUACUGGUAUAACUUCGACGUCCCGCCUGCGUAUCACACUCAAGACUUGGCGUAUACCUGGUCCGCAUACCCACCAGUGUCGUAUGAGGGAUUCGAUACAGGGGUUGCGGCUUCGUUGCAGGAGUUGAUACUCUCGUUCGCUGCGGGUGAUGUGCCGUCAUCGAGGACGGCUAAUGUAUCGUUUCCGGCGUAUGGCGCGAAUCGCUCUGUGUUGAAUCUGGGCCCGGAUGGAGUGUCGCGGUCGAUUGAUCGUACUGAGAGGAAUGUUUGUGCUUGGUGGCAGGCGGCGCCUUAUGCCUCUUGA